AGUUUGUCAGUUAUUCGCCAGCUUCUCAUUCGAAUUUUCCGCUCCACCUUAAAUGGCGCAGCAGUUACGCUGCGCCAUUUAAGGUGGAGCGGAGGACUGGACGAGUAGACGGUUAUUUUCUUCACAUUUUGGCCCUCAGCCUCUAAAAAUCUCCUCAUAUUUUUACCCUCUCUGCCACGAAACCGCCUACAGCUAAUAACUAACCCGGACUUCAUUUCCCAUAAGUACUUGGGAAUUUCCCCCGUCAGAGGCAGCGCUGAAAAAAAAACAGUUUGGGAAAGAAUCCAUGGAAUUUGUUUCCUGUGAAAGUUGGCCAAAGCUGAGCGCAGAGCAGCGCUGGGAUGGACAUGCUGGUUGGCGCUCGCGGAGGAGACAUGCAGAGCGAAGUUUAACGAGAACUUUUAAGGGUUUAAGGGCUUUUUUUUCUCAUUUGAGGGGGAAAACAAUUGGAAAGGCCGGACUGAGGACAGAGUAAACAGAAUAAACCCCGGGGAUCCGGGGUCGCAGUCAUGGCUGAGCCCCUGCUGAAGCGCACCUUCUCCAAACUCCGGGGAAAAGACAGGAGUCGCAGGAAAACAGACCCUAAACUCAACGAUGCAGCAGGGAAGACGGAUCUCGUCCACGGCUCUUCAUCUUCACCAUCGCCGUCCACCUCUGCAGGCGGUGCAGAGGCAGAUCAGUCUGUCGAGGCAGACUUCACAAGACACACGCAAAUUACUGUCUCCAAAAAGCAGAACUGGGCCAAACUCUCCUCCACUGGGUCCCGGGACCAGGCCGGGCCGGAUCAGCUCUCCAGCCUCAGCGCUGUGGUUACGGACCGGGACGGGUGCUCAGGCAAGACCCAGGCUUCAAAACAGGCCUGGAGCCAGAGGACUUUCAGGGAGGACGGGUUGUUGGAGCGAUGGAAAGAUUUGGACAGGGAUUUGGGUUACUCCAGGGACAGAGACGAUGCAGGUUUACCUGAGUUAACCUCUCCAUCUGCGGACUUCUCCAUCUCCACCAACAUCGCUAAGCUUUCCGGGCAGGGAGCCUACCUCCAGCACCUGGAGAGAAGCAGCCGAGCCUGGGUACUCUCCACAGGAAAGUCCCAUGCUCCAGACGAGGCCUACCCGGCCUGCCUUACAGACUGGAGGCACGCAGGUGAGGGCGAAAAUAACAUUUGGUACAACCCCAUCCCAGAGGAAGAGGACGCUCGGGCCUUUGGAGUCAAGGAGAGGGAGAGAUACAGAGAUCCCUGGAGGAAGAGAGAGAUGGAGGGAGCGCCGGAGGAGAGGAGAGAUGUUUAUCAGCAGACGUGUCAUUCAGAUGCUCAGUGUGUGGGAGGAGCACCAGCAGGCCUCAGCACUAGUGUUGUUCCUGGCGUCAUUAGCGAAUACACUGGUGGGGCCACUAGCGGUUCAUCAGGGUCUUCGGGGAGCCCUGGAGCUCUGAAGAAAAGCUCAGGAGGAAGUGUGGGUGGCGGCGGCAGCGUGAUGGACAAGAUCAAGUCCCCAGGCACGGUCCGCCGCCUUUCAAUGAAGAUGCGGAAGCUUCCAGAGCUUCGACGCAAGCUUAGCCUGCGCUCGUCUCGUAACCAGCGUCACGCCGUUCACGGACCCGGGGGUUCGGGAGCGACAGCGGGCACUGACGAGGCCUCGCCCCCUAAUGCACGCAAGGAGUCCUCCAACAACGUCAUAAGCAGGUACCACCUGGACUCCAGCGCCCCCGCCAGGCCGAGGCGCAGGUCCUCGCGCACACGCUCCGCAAGCAAGGGUGGCUAUCUUAGCGACGGAGAUUCACCUGAACUCUUGCCCAAGCAGGGAUCAGGUCAGGGGUUGGCAGAGGGGUCACAGGAAUCACAGGGCUCGCCUCCGCCUCCCCCAAAUCAUGGACGCCAGGAUUCAGCUAACAUAGUGGACACGGGGUCGUUCCGGCUCUACUCGCUAGCUGACCAGCCACGCUGCGCCCAGAGAGUUUCUGGCCUCCUUACUGUCCACCUGCUGGGUGUGGAGGAGUUGUUGCGUUUUCCGCGCGCCGACACUGGUAAGGACGUAUUCUGUGCCAUUCAAGUGGACGGAGUGACCCGCGCCCGCACCGCCCUGCUCACCUGCCGGGGGGCGUGUCUCCCUUUAAACCACACCUUCAACCUGGAGCUGGAGCGCGCACGGCUGCUCAAGCUGGUUGUCCUCACGCCAGCUGUUACCGUGGGUAACGAUGGGUCAUCUUCUGCCCCUGGUGGUCAGACUCGCAAUCGAGUAUGCUGUCUUGGUGUAGUGGCGAUCCCACCUCUGUUUAAAGCCUCGCGGAGCCAGCAGCUGUGUGUGAAGCUGGAGCCGCGGGGGUUGCUGUAUGUGAAGUUGACUCUGCUGGAGCAGUGGGAGGCCCCCUCGCCCCGCCUCAGUGAGCUCCCGCCCCCCACCGUGUUUGGGGUGGAACUGCGGCGCCUGGUGGAGAAAGAGGGCCAAGAGCUCAGAGUUCCUCUGAUCAUUCAGAAAUGUGUGGCAGAGAUCGAAAAAAGGGGACUGAAGGUUGUGGGUCUGUAUCGCCUCUGUGGCUCUGCAGCUGUAAAGAAGGAGCUGCGUGAUGCGUUUGAGAGGGACAGCGCGGCCGUCACUCUGAGUGAAGAGCUGUACCCAGACAUCAAUGUUAUUACUGGCAUUCUGAAGGACUACCUCCGGGAGCUGCCGUCGGCCCUGAUCACGAAGACUCUGUACGAGGUGGUGCUGGAGGCCAUGUGUCUGCGUCCGGCUUGCAGGAACGACAACGAUGCACAGAGAUCUCAGAGCACUGUCUCACUGCUGCACUGCCUGCCUGAACCAGAGAGGGCUACUCUGUCUUUCUUGCUGGAUCAUCUGAGUCUGGUGGCGUCCUUCAGUGACUGUAACCUGAUGACGUGUCAGAACCUGGCUGUGUGUUUUGGUCCGGUUCUCCUGACCCCUACGCAGGAGUCCUGGAGGGCAGGGUUACCAGGAUUCAGCUCAGGGGCCUCUGGGGUUUCCGGGGCCACUCGGAGUUCCCGCAGCAGCAACCACAGUGUGGAGAUAGCCAGCGCCGUGGACUUCAAGAGACACAUAGAGGCCCUACACUAUCUACUGCAGCUGUGGCCACUUCCCACAGGGAGAGUGAUAGACCAGUCAUCUUACAGCCUUGAGGUUUCUCCUGUUUCCGUUCCUCCUCCAUCCCAGAAUCCCAUGCAGCGGCGUGCGCAGCGCGUGCCGUUGCGCGUGGAGCUCCCGUUACCACAAGACGUCGUGGUGGUGUCUCGUAGAGGUCGCGGCCGACUGGAAAGCCCUCCCUGCAACCGCUACGCUGGAGACUGGAGUGUGUGUGGGCGGGACUUCCUGUCCAACGAUGACGCGGAUUACGACGAGGUGGCGGGCAGCGAGAGCGAUGAAGAAGACGAGGAGGAGGAGAAGAAGGAGGAGGAAGUUUGGGUGUCCUCGGGUGGUCUGUAUGCGGACGAUUUCGCGCUGGACUUCGAUGCCCCGUUUACAUGCAGACUGAGUCUGAAAGACUUCGAUAACUUAAUCUCAGAUCUGGAGAGAGAACUCGCCAAACAGAUCAACAUCUGCCUCUGAGCACCCACCCACUCUAAACCCUGUAUCUGCAAUGCAUUAGAGCUAUAAGAGUGUGAGAGUGGAGAGAGAAACUCGAGACACACUGUUCACAAUGUGUUAUAAUUAACACUCAAUGCACACCAGCACUGAUAGAAGUAAACAACUAAAAGAAUGUACUUCAGUGCUAAAAGCUAUAGCUGUUCACCGCUCACAGUAACAGAGUCCAUUCAUACAGCUAUAGGGCUGUAUUACAGUACUGAAAACAGCUUUAAGACUGUACUACAGUGCUGAAAAGAGAUAUAGCACUACAAUACUAAAAAACAGAUAAAGGACUGUACAGCAGUACUGAAAACAGCUACAAGGCUGUAUUACAAUACUAAAAACAACUAUAGGGCUAAGAGACAGUAUUAAAAUGACUAUAGGAUUUUAUGACAGUAAUAAACAGCUUGUAGAUUCUAUAACAAUAUUUAUAACUGCUACAGGACUGCAUAAUAGUACAUGUAGUAAAACAUCUAUGGGGCUAUAUGAAAGUGUGGAAAACAGGGCUUUAUGACCAUACUAAAACAGCUAUAGGGCCGCACUACAAAACUAAAAACAGAUUUAAGACUUUACUACACAUUUAAAAACUGUACUACAGUACUAAUAACAGCUUUAUAAAACAGAUACUUCUGGUCCUUAAAUCUGAUUGGCUGAGCCGCGUUCGAAGCCAUUGUAAAAUCCAUGAUAUACGCACACCUAUGACCGCUUCACAACAACCGCAUUGGAAUAAUCUUUGACUCUCAUGCUGCUCGCAUGGACCACCAAGUAUACUGAUGAAGUAA